AUGCUUAAUUCACAAGAGUUCUUCGGCCGUGUCGCUUCACGACCUUCGUUUGUCACCAAGACGCCCCCCAACAUUGAUCGCAAUACCGUCAUCGUUGCGGUCGCGUCUCCAGACCUGGAAUCAGGCAUCCAGAGCCGUGAUGGAUGGUUUCUGUCAGACUUCUAUGCCUUUAACUACUUGUCUAAAGGCCUAGGACACUCGCAGACUUGGCUCACUGCAGUGGACCCGGAACGCCUUAUUCAGAGGAAUGGAGACUACUUGCAUGGGAGCAAAUUCCAUGGACGGAAAGUCGUUCUCAGCUCCUCGCUACUUCAGAAAGGCGAGAUCACGCAACCGGUGGUCGUCGAACCGAGCCACAUCAUCGACCGCUUCUUGGCAGAAGUUGAACGGGCUUCGACGGAAGCAGCACAGAACAAACGUCCAUUGUUACUUUUGGUCUUCUGCCACGGGCUCAAUACCCAUAGGUUCCUUCUGAAUACGCAUGACAAGGACAGUGGGCUCACAGUGACGCGUCUCAAGGAAGCCAUUGCCGAUCGUUGUCGCGUCACCCUCCUCUCAACGGCCUGCUAUUCUGCCGGAUGGGUCGCAACGGACAUCUCAGAUGCCUCGAGUUUGGCAAAGAUUGGCCCAUGGCAAAGUCCGAACUCGUGGCAGCUAUCCAAUAACGUCAGUAAGGACUGUUGCGGGUCACUGUUCGCAAACUCAGUGAUGAAAACUCUGGAGUCAAAGGAGAGCCCUCUCGUAGCCGCUGGCGAGAAGGCAAGAGCUAGACACUGGGAAGACCCAGACAGUCUCCAGCCUGACGACCCCAACGAAUUGCAGAUAGACACAUACGACAACUUCCGUUGGGCCAUGCUCAACGUAUGCCAAAACAAGGUUCAUCGUUUCGGCUACGAGCAGAACUUCAAUUUCAGUGUCCAAGACGACCAGUGGAACUGGUCCUGGGCGAUGCGUACGGGCGCUCCCUUGCAGCACUUUCAGUCGAGAUGGGAGACACUCGAAGCCGCCGAGUUCUUGAAUGACGACAUGGUUGAUAGAGUCGAAGAUUUACGUCCCAGUGAUGGUGGAGGUUCUCUCACCAAGGCUCUCGCAUCGCGUGUCUCCUCUCUAGCCAAAUCGCUUCUCGAGAUGUCCCCUGAGGUAUCUUGGAAUUGCGGCUGGGGAGUUGACGACCACGCUUAUUUAAUUAAACUCGCCACUAGCGAUGUAAUCCCAUACUACGGAUUGAUUUACCCAGAAGUCUAUCCCAUGGAGUUCCUCCGCUAUCGUUUUGAGGCCGCCGCGAUGGCGGAUCGCAUCGUCAGCCUUUUUGAGCUCCCGGUCCCGCAGGGUGAGUCUUGCAUGGAGUGCGACAUCUUAAACUUCGGCCACCGAGCGAGCUGCGAACCACAGGAUCGCUGCAAACAGGAGCUUUAUUGGAGCGUCUGGCAACGUCUCGUAUACGGAAAAUUGUAUCCGUUCCCUACGGCAUUCCAAGGGCCUCCCUUCCUCCGACCCUUGAACUAUGUGGCCGCAGCAGUGUCUCUAAAGCCCCUGACAAUAGAGGAAGCAGAAUUGCUCGUUGAUGAGAUUAUUCAACACGCUCACAGUCUCCGAGGAGGUGUGGAAGAAGGUGUCGCUGUAAACGACGAGGUUGAUCGGCGGGCCCGAAGUUGGUUGACGUCGAUCGAUCAGAAGGUACGCCGGUCGCUGACUCCGGGCUCCAGCGACGCCGAGUAA